AUGGGUCGCCCUGAAUAUUCACCAAGAGGGGGUGGAGGUGGUCGGGGUGGUGGAUUCCGCGGAUCACCUCGUGGCUCGGGUGGUUUUGGUGGUCGGGGUGGUGGCUUCGGAGGAGGUAGUGAUCGAGGAGACCGAGGAGGUCGCGGUGGUCGUGGUGGAGGUUUUAAACGAGGAGGUUUUGGAGAUCGAGGUGGAAGAGGCGGUUUCGGGGAUAGAGGCAGUUUUGGGGAUAGAGGCGGUGGUCGUGGCGGAUUCGGUAGUCGUGGAUCACCACGAGGAGGCUCACCCCGUGGUCGAGGUGGUCGUGGUGGUGGUGCUGGGGGUAUGAAGGGUGGUAAAAGGGUCGUGGUUGAGCCACAUCGUUACGAAGGUGUGUUCAUUGUAAAGGGCAAAGAAGAUGCACUUGCAACUCGCAAUUUGGUCGUCGGUGAGUCGGUGUAUGGCGAGAAACGAGUCUCUGUUGAAAGCACCUCUAACGAUCCCAGCUCCACUUCCACCGCUCCAGUCGAAUAUCGCAUCUGGAAUCCUUUCCGUUCCAAACUCGCUGCUUCGAUGAUGGGUGGUUUAGAUGACAUCCAUAUCAAACCGGGCACUAAAUUACUUUAUCUUGGUGCUGCUUCCGGUACCACCGUUUCACAUUGCUCUGACAUUGUUGGACCGGAGGGUCUUGUUUACGCAGUUGAAUUUUCAAAUCGUUCUGGUCGUGAUCUAUUAAAUGUUGCGAAGAAACGACCGAAUAUAAUACCAAUAGUUGAAGACGCGAGACACCCCCAUAAGUAUCGGAUGCUUGUUGGAAUGGUCGAUACGAUAUUCUCGGAUGUAGCACAACCAGAUCAAGCACGUAUCGUCGCACUAAACGCACAUCAUUUCCUCAAGAACGGAGGCCAUGCUGUCAUUUCUAUUAAGGCGAAUUGUGUUGAUUCAACGGCAGAACCGGAAGCAGUGUUCGCAGGUGAAGUGAAUAAAUUAAAAGCUGAAAAGUUCAAGCCUCGUGAACAAGUCACGUUGGAACCUUAUGAACGAGAUCAUGCAGUUGUGGUGGCUGAAUACCGACCAAAAAAGAAAAUUGUUGCUUGA